AUGGCUGAACAAAAAUCCAACAAGGAAAAGAAGGAGGGAACCAAAUUCCUUAUGAUGGCUGGGGGUAGUGUACCUGAAGAACUGCUAGUCGGAGACAGGGCUGUAUCUCAAAUAGAACAUGUAGGUCCUCAGUCAAUGCCAAAGUACUACCAGCAUAUCUUGGCCUUGGCAUUUGCAGUAAAAGAGAUCAAUGAGAAUAACAUCAUCUUGCCGAACUUCACCUUGGGUUUCCACAUCCUCAACAGUUACUAUACUGCAAGGAUGACCUAUAAAGCUAGCCUGAGUUUGCUUUCUACACAAAAGAGAUUCAUACCCAAUUUCAAGUGUGAUACAGAAAACAAACUGGUAACAAUCAUUGGAGGACUGGACACUGACAUCUCUGCCAAUAUGGCCACCAUCUUGGCCAUCUACAAGUUGCCCCAGCUUACUUAUGGAUCACUUUCCCCAGCUCAGGGGAACAAAAUGCUUUUCCCUUAUUUGUAUCAAAUGGCUCCAAAUGAAGCCUUUCAAUACAUGGGUGUUGUUCACUUACUUCACCAUUUCAGAUGGACAUGGAUCGGGCUUGUAAUUUUAGACGACGACAAUGGUGAUAGGUUUUUGCAAAGUCUGAUACCAACAUUAUCUGAGUACGGCAUUUGUUCUGACUUUACAAUAAGAUUCCCACCAUUAACUUAUCUGGAAGAGGAGGCAGACUUGCUUUUGCAGCAACCAGAAAACUAUGCCAUUCACAAUAACAGCAAGGCUAAUGUAUAUAUCAUAUAUGCACAACCUAUACCCAUGUUUGUUCUCAGAGUGGCGCUGUGUGCAGCCCCCUUUAUUUCACUGCCGCCGGUGCACAAAGUCUUGAUUACUACAUGCCACUGGGAUUUUGAAUCAUUUCCAAUUCAAAGGUUUUGGGAUGUAGAUGUUUUCCAUGGUGCCGUAUCAUUCACAGUCCAUACAAAUCAGCCACCUGGAUUCCAAAACUUCCUUCAGGACAUUAAUCCUUCUCGGGCAAAAGAAGAUGGUUUUAUUCAGAACUUCUGGGAGCAAGCGUUCGAUUGUUCUCUGAGCAAUUUAACGGUACAUGGAGACAGCAACGCAGCCUGUUCUGGCAAUGAGAAGUUAGACUCGAUUCCUGUGACUUUGUUUGAAAUGAACAUGACUGGCCACAGCUACAGUAUCUACAAUGCUGUCCAUGCUGUUGCACAUGCUUUGCACGCUAUUGGCGUAUCAGGAUCCAGUGGUAGAGGAUUGGUAAAAGGAAAGAAAGUGCAGCCAUGGCAGCUUCACCACUUUUUAAAAAGCAUUAUGUUCAACAACAGCGCCGGAGACACCAUCUGUUUUGAUGACAUUGGAGAAUUAAAGACUGGAUUUGACCUUACAAACUGGAUAACUUUCCCAAAUGGUUCUUUUGUAAGAGUGCAAGUGGGAAAACUCGAUCCUUGGGCUCCUGCAGGCAAAGAGCUAACUCUUUAUGAUGAUCUAAUUGUGUGGCACAGAACCUUUAAGCAGAUCCUGCCCCGUUCAGUAUGCAAUGACCACUGCCCUCCAGGGUACAGCAAGAAAAAGAAGGAAGGAGAGAAAUUUUGCUGCUACGAUUGUGAUCCAUGUCCCAAAGGGAUGAUCGCUGAACAGAAAGAUAUGGAUGCCUGUGUCCAAUGUCCAGGAGAUCAGUAUGCCAACAGCCACCAAAACCAAUGCAUUCCCAAAGAGAUAAGCUUCCUAUCCUACAAAGAACUUUUAGGUAUUGUCUCUGCCCCAUUGGCGAUUUCUUUCUUUUUGAUCACAGCAUUGGUGCUUGGAAUCUUCAUAAAGCAUCGGGACACCCCCAUUGUCAAAGCCAACAACCGAAGCCUCACCUACGUUCUCCUUGUCUCCCUCCUCCUUUGCUUCCUCUGCUCCUUGCUCUUCAUUGGACGACCUCGGAAAGUGACCUGCCUCCUUCGGCAAGUUGCUUUCGGCAUUGUCUUCUCUGUGGCCCUUUCUAGUGUGUUGGCCAAAACCAUCACGGUGAUUCUCGUAUUUGAGGCAACUCAACCCGGAUCUGUAAUAAGAAAAUGGGUGGGGAAAAGGAUGGCAAGUGUUAUUGUCCUUUCGUGCUCUCUUAUCCAAGCAAGUAUCUGUAGUCUUUGGCUAAUUACAUCCCCUCCGUUCCCUGAUAGGGACAUGCACUCAGUGACAGGGGAAAUCGUACUGGAAUGUAAUGAGGGCUCUGCUACCUUUUUUUACUGUGUCCUGGGAUACAUGAGCUUCCUUGCUGCUGUCAGUUUGGCUGUGGCUUUCUUGGCCCGGAAAUUGCCUGACAGUUUCAACGAAGCCAAGUUUAUCACUUUCAGCAUGUUGGUCUUUUGCAGUGUUUGGUUGUCCUUUGUGCCAACCUAUCUGAGCGCUAAGGGGAAAUCAAUUGUGGCUGUGGAGAUCUUCUCCAUCUUGGCCUCCAGUGGAGGCUUAUUGGGAUGCAUCUUUUCUCCUAAAUGCUACAUAAUUAUUAUGAGGCCUGAGAUGAAUAAAAGGGAGCAGUUAAGAAAGACAAAAUAUUAA